AUGGCCGACUCUAUGUCCCAUGUCUUCGAGAAGAUCAGCAACUUCUGCCUCCACCUCGAUAUGCCAUACCCAGGCUUCGAAGAAUUCGAGGUCACUUCUGCUCAUCCUAUCGUAAAGACAAGAUACGAAAGCGGAAUCCGAUAUGGCAGCAGAGUAAAGCAGAUGCAGGAGUGGUGGGAUAUCAGCUACAUCACCACUGGCGCUCGGGAGUAUAAGACGAAGAAGGAGGCUCGUCAUGCUCUCGCAUCCACUGUGUUAGAGGAAGUUCUUAAGAUGGAGACCGACGAGAAGGCAAUGGACCUCUUCCGUGGUUCCCGCAAGCAGGCUAACCCUUCAAUGCUCUCCGAAACCGAACACAUCAACGAUGGAGGUCUAGCAUUCGCUACGCUCAAGAUGCGCUUUCUUCAAAUCCCUUUCGAGAUAUUCGCUCGCCUCUACGCAAAGUAUUUGGCAAAAGUUCUGGACAGGAUGAUGCGCAUCGGAAACGUCUCCAUCGACCAAGGAGUUCUCUUCAAGAGAGGUCUUACCAUGGGCAUUCUAGAGGCACUCCUCCCACGCAAGACAGCAGAGCCUGUCGACCCCAACAAUGAUCCAUACCCAUGUUUCAAGCUCGAGUUGCAGGAAAUUGAGAUGAAGGAGAUCGCGGCGUUUGCAGAGGCGGCAUUAAACUUUGUGUUUGCAUGGCAGCAAGAUUUGUCAGCUGAGAACCGUGAUGUUAGGAAGCUUGCAAGGAUGUUGGGGCAGGAGGCUGGCAAGCAACUGAAGGAUGUGGAAGUUGAUGUUGCUAUGACGUUUAACAUUAAGCUGAGAAGUGAGUUGGAGAAAUUUCUGGGGCAGAGGAAGAAGAGAGAGGAGGAUGUGGAGAUGGGAGGUAUGGAGUAG